AUGUCGUUUCACGUUCCUCGGAGACAUGUUGUUGACCCCGCUUUGCCCGCCGGCCCAAAAGAACUUCCUCCGCAAAUUCCGCCCAAGUCUAGACAUCGAGCCCGAGCCUACACCGCUCCUGAGGCAGAAGCCAUCAAGGAGCGCGUGGCGAGUGCAUUGAUUGAGGUUGAUAUACUGCAGCGGAAAAUCAACGACGUGGUUGCAAGACAGAGCAUCUACAUCAACAGUCGACCAUCAACAGCGCAUUCGAUGAUGAUCCAACAGAUACAUGACUUGGAGCCUAUGCCGUUGAUUCCGGCUCUGCCGCCCGCGGCCCCGUCAUUUUCUCAGCGCCUUAAUGCUGAUAUAAAGCGACCUCUAACUGCACCAAUCAAGGCGUCAGCCAACGCGAUACCGUGUCACGAAAAGACGACGCCUGAAGACAGUCUCAUGGCCACCGUGAAGCAGAACCAAGCAGUGUCGCCACCACUAUCCCGUGUCCUUCGACCACCAUUGCGGAAAAAGAAAUCAUUCUCUCAUGUGUCGGCCUGGCUGUUCUCUGAUCACGACCAAGGAAAACCCAGAGACUUUGAUGUCGUCACGAACAGGCCGAAGCCGGUUAAGAACAGAGGAGGAUUCUAUCAAAUUGUCUCUGCUCAUGGCACAGUAGGGCAACGAAGCUGCGAGUCUAUUAAUAGUAUAUCGACCUGGCAAUCCAGGGAUGAAGAGGACACGACGCCAUCAAUGUCAUCAUCCGAAAGCACGCCGAUGUCGAAGCAGGAAGAAAAGUCUAAAACAGACCGUAGAGCAACGUUUGGCAAGGAUGAUGCCAGAAUUGGAAAGCCACCGGUUGGCGUUGAGAUGUGA